UCCACCGCUCCUACAGUAAAUAUUUGUGUUUGCCCAGCCGGCUGUAAUGGUGGACGAGUGAGGGGAAGGAAAAACGGAAUCCAACUCGAGUGAGGAAAGAGGAAAACGGUCGAGAGUCUGAGCCGCCGCGACUAGGACACAGGCUUCGUCGAAAAUGGAUGAACUUAAACAUCAAGUCAUGAUUAAUCAGUUCGUCCUGACGGCGGGUUGUGCGGCGGACCAAGCCAAGCAGCUCUUGCAGGCGGCACACUGGCAGUUCGAGACUGCCCUCAGUGCCUUUUUCCAAGAAACAAAUAUCCCCUAUGGCCAUCAUCAUCAAAUGAUGUGCACACCAGCCAACACACCAGCGACACCCCCAAAUUUCCCAGACGCCCUGACCAUGUUCUCCCGGCUCAAGGCGUCCGAAAGCUUCAACAGCAGCAGCCCCAUGGCGGCGUCCAUGGCCACCUCCCCUCCACCCCCUCAGGUCGGCGGCUGGGGGGUGUCACCGAACGUACCCAACAUGCCGACGCCCUCGCAGGGACUCUGGACUCCGGGGCAACCCCCCACACAACCAUGCCCCGCUUGGCCCACGGGUGUCAACCCCCAUGCAGGUGCCGAGCAAAAGGCUAGUGUAGCAAUGGAGGCUGAGAGAUGAAGAGUCACGGUGGGACUGAAACCCCGCUCUGCCUCCCCCCGGAUGAUUGGGAUGGAGAGAGGGCGACCAUUUGAUAAUUUGUCAUUUUCCCCAAAUGGACGGACGAGAUGGAACCUACGCAAACCAAGAGAUACUUUGGGUGAACUAUUAAGGAGUAAACCAAUGCAAAAGUAGAAAAAAUACAAGAUACGCACACACAUAGAAAUACAAGUAUGUGAAGGUUGUUUUUUUCCCAAGAGAAAUAUUAUUGGAAUUUUUAAAAAUUGUUUGAAAAAAGACAAAAAAAAUCUUGCCCAAGGAUUUUAUGAGAUGUUCAAGGACAUUCAAGGCAGCAAUUUUUUUAGAAUUGUGUUCACCCCAACACUUCUUUUUACUAGCCAGUGUUUUUUUUCCACUGGUCUUCUUGAGUUUCUGUCUGUGCUGCAUGACAAGAGAGGAACUUGCAAUGCAGUGUUUUACAGUGACUGAAUCAUCACGCACUAGAGUGUGUGUGUGUGUGUGUGUGUGUGUGUGUGUGUGUGUGUGUGUGUGUGUGUGUCUGUGUGAGUGUGCGUGUGUAAGAUGGUGAGAGCAGGAUUUGUUAUCAAAAUGCAUACACACCAAUAUAUAAAUCUAUAAAUGUAUAUGUAAACACACACAAAUACACACAUUAUCGCUCAGAAGAAAACACCUCCAUAUUGUCAUCCCCACCGUCAAAGUGGGGCUUCCUCUUACCUCACCUGGUGGUCACCUGACUUCUUUUUAGCCAAUCAGGGAUUCUUCUUAAACCAACAGUUUCCUCUUGAAAACACAGGACAUGUUCUUAAAAAUAUGCUUCUCUUAAAGGCGCUUGUCGCUUUGGUUCAUGCUAUUCUCGCCGCAACGGCUUAUUUCGAAGCCGAGUCUACAACUGUAUACUUUUAUGAAAUUAUGGGUUGUACAAGAAAACAACAUGGUUUAAUGUAAUAUUGUUUGUAAAUGCUGAUAGUUUUUAUUAUUUUGGAGGACUUAAGGGAGGUGGUUCUGCUAAAAAAAAAAAAAAAAUACACGACUACUCCAUUUUUCUACACAAAUACGCUUUUUUGCAUGAUGUGUCUGUAACAUCUUUUAUAGCAAACAUACUGUAUGUUUCCAAAGCUAAUCAACUAAUUUGAAUCAGAUCAUCUCAGACUGAUAGCAAAUUGGCAAAAAGUGUCUUGUUGAUCAUAACAGCAGGACAACAUGGGUAACGCUAACCAAAAGCUAUUUGGUACAAAGGUUAAUAGGGCCACACUGAUUUUAAAAAAACAAGUAUACAAUCAUAACAUUUCGAAAUGAAAGCCGCAAUUACAAGAAUAAAGAAACAAUUUUAAGAGAAAAAUGUUUUUUUUAUGAGAAUUAAGAAAUUCAUUAACAGUGUGAAUGUUUUUGUUAAAUAUUUACUAUCCUAUAGUUACUAAAUAGCAAGUUGAUUGUCACUUCAAUCAUUAAAAAUGCAAUAAUACGACUGUAUUGUAAUAUUUUUUUUAAACUAAACUAAAAUUUGUAUUUUUUUAUAGUAUGACAACCUAAUUGUCAUGACUUUAUUCUUGAAAAAUUGCACUUUUUUUCUUAAGUAAUUCUGAUUUUAUUCUUCUUGCAACGUUACUUUCUUGUACCAUAACAAUAUAUGCGUUAUAUAUUUGUUCUGUCUUGUAACAUCAUGAUUUUUUUCUUCCUUACAAUUUUUAAAUUGUUGUUGUUUUAAUGUAACAACUGAUUUUAUUUUCAAUGUGGCCCUAAUAAUCCUUCUGUAAUGUGGACUCCCUGCAGACCGUAUGCUUGUAUCCACCAGCCGACUUGACAGGAUUUAAGGGUGUAGCGUUGCCCAGUCCUCUACGCUGAGGGUGGAAGCUAAGGGGUGACCCUGAUUUACGGCAAUAUAUUACACACAGGGUCUGCCCUUGGUUUUAAUUUGUUUGUAUUAUUAUUGUUUUUUUAUUAUUAUUUGAUGAAAGAAAAAAAUGUGGCGAUACACAAUAUAUUAACUAGCAGGUGUUUUUUCAAAGAUUUAAAAAGAUUAGGGAAAUUAUGGAUAUAAUAAUGAAUAAAUCAUGUGAUAUGAUUUAGUUUAAACUUGAGCUUUGGUUCAUCUUCCCCACGCUUCAUACUUUAUUUGGUUUAAAUCUGAGUGUUUCUGGGUUGGCUUGUUCAUAAAUGGUUUGUUCAUGUAUGUCCACACCCCCCACUUUGUAUGACUGUAUAAGACCAUUCCCACAAUAUUUGUGGACUACCUUGAUAAUUAACUUAUCAUUUUUGUGAACCUAAAUAAAUAUUGUUUGUCAACCUAA